CUCAGCAGAAAAACGGGACUUGUCUUGGCAGUGAAGGAUAGCACUGACUAUGGCUUCCAACUUUAAUGAUAUAGUGAAGCAAGGAUAUGUGAAAAUCCGCAGCAGAAAGCUGGGGAUUUUCAGACGUUGCUGGUUGGUGUUUAAGAAGGCAUCCAGUAAAGGUCCACGGCGGUUAGAGAAAUUUCCAGACGAGAAGGCAGCAUACUUCAGAAACUUUCACAAGAUAACUGAGCUGCAUACCACCAAGAACAUUACCAGGCUGCCCCGGGAGACAAAGAAACAUGCCGUGGCAAUCAUCUUCUAUGAUGAGACAUCAAAGACAUUUGCCUGUGAGUCAGAGCUGGAGGCAGAGGAAUGGUGCAAACUGCUCUGCAUGGAGUGUCUCGGCACCAGACUAAAUGAUAUCAGUCUUGGAGAGCCUGACCUACUUGCAGCUGGUGUGCAGAGAGAACAAAAGGAACGGUUCAAUGUUUACUUGAUGCCUACACCAAACCUUGACAUCUAUGGGGAAUGCACUAUGCAAAUCACACAUGAGAACAUUUACCUCUGGGACAUUCAUAACGCCAGGGUAAAGCUGGUCAUGUGGCCUCUCAGUUCCCUUCGAAGAUAUGGAAGAGACUCAACAUGGUUCACGUUUGAAUCUGGCAGAAUGUGUGACACAGGAGAGGGUCUAUUCACAUUUCAGACGAGAGAGGGAGAAAUGAUCUACCAGCGAGUCCACUCAGCAACCUUGGCAAUUGCUGAGCAGCACGAAAGGCUAAUGCUGGAGAUGGAGAAAAAGGCAGGUAUACAAUCCAAUUCAAAUGAAACUACAACAUUAUCUAGAUCAAUAUCACUUCCUCGCAGUGCAUACUGGCAUCACAUCACCCGACAAAACAGUGUAGGAGAAAUCUACAGUUUACAAGGUACCAGUUUAAGUAUGACAUUGGUUCCCCGAACGCAGACCUUCCCUGGUUACAUAUCAGAGCAGUGUGAUGAUGAGCAGCAGCAGCAGCAGCAGCAGCAACAGACCGAGCAUCGUGAGCAGCCUCUGUCUCCUUCUAGUGGCUAUGGAUCAAGCUACAGCUCAUGACCGGUCCAGUGACAUGCACUGUUUGGCUGAUGGUUUCAGUCAGUCCAAGCCGGGACAUUCCAAAUAGUUCAUAGUGGUGGUAAAAGCCAUUUGUAUUUUUUAAAAUGACUAGCUUAUAGAGGAGAGAGGCUCCUACCAACUCAGUGGGGAGCGUCUCAGUGGCUACCUUUUUCUAUCACUUGGUUACUAAUGGCAAAUCCAAAUGGUCAAUGAAACGAUCAAUUCAAUUGCUUUUUACGAGGUGCAAGGUUUGAAGUCCCAGGGAAACAAGUUUGAUCCUGUCACAGCAUCUGUGCAUUACUAAUUGCAUACUCUCCAAAUUGAUUAACGUUCUUUUGUAUCUGAAGCCAAACAGAUAACUCUUUACAUAAAUACUGUUACACUGUCAUCCAAAACGUCAUAAAAUAAAGUACUUGCUUUAUAGCAUUAUCACCCAUUAGAUUAACAGUCCAGGAAAUAAGACAUGGAUUAUUGCUACUCAAUAUAAUUAUUUAUUUAAAAAAAAAAUCCUUCAUUACGCUUUCAAUCCAUAUUAUAUGUCAAUUUACUGUGCUGUGUUAAAUACAUCAUACAUCAGAUACAUAUUUA